AUGCCCUCGUUCAUCCUACCCAAGGUCUCUCCGAGCGUCGAGGUGACAAUCCCGACGAACGUCACCCAGGACGAGCUGCUCGCGUUUCGUCCCUUUAAGGACUGGCUCGCAACACUGCAGAAAUCCAUCAAGUUGCAAAAGUCCGAGGCUACACAUGCCUUUUACGAUAAGAAGGACCCCUAUCAAUUACGUUCGAUCAAUGUCCAUUCGGUGGAAUGGUUCGGGCCUCGCAUCGGCUUUAUCUUGAUGGAGACAGUGGUGCAGAAUGCCGCCGAUCCACGACCAUUGCCUGGCAUCGUCUUCUUACGCGGUGGCAGCGUGGCCAUCCUCAUGAUUGUCCGGCCAGAAGGGGACAGCGACGACAGAUUUGUCGUCAUGACGCAACAGCCCCGGAUACCCGCUGGGAGUCUUACUUUCUAUGAGAUCCCGGCUGGGAUGAUUGACGAGUCGGGUACCUUUGUGGGCGCUGCGGCGACCGAGAUCCGCGAGGAGACAGGCUGGAAAGUACCACAGGGGGAGCUCGUCGACAUGACGGAGAUGGCGCUGAGAAACUCCACAGGUAUUGAAAGCCACUUGCAAAAGGCAAUGUAUCCCAGCCCUGGAGGGUGUGACGAGUUUAUCGCCCUGUUCUUGUGGGAGAGGACCAUGUCGCACAAGGAACUUGCGGAACUGAGAGGCAAAUUGACUGGGAACCCCAAAGAAAGAGAAAAGAUCAAGGUGAAGCUGGUCGAGUACAAAGAGCUGUGGAGAGAAGGAGCGAGAGAUGCGAAGACGCUUUGUGCAUGGGCGCUGUACGAGGGAUUGACCAGGGAUGGGAUCUUGAAGUGA